AGCUUAAUCAAACACUGGGAUAGCCUGGUAAACACGGACUACAUGUACAGUUUUCUACACCCAAUUUCACAUCAGGGAUCCGCCAGAAUGAGCUUUUUAAAUGUGGGAACUACUUUUAAUCAGUCUAAGCCAGAACACUGUACAUGCAAGCUACAUAGAUUCAGAAAAUUUAAAGAAUUUCUUCAAGAGAAGAUCAAUUGGAGUGGGAGAUUUUCAAGUUACAAAACAGGCACUUAUAAGGACAAAAACAACAAUGAUGAUGGGGUUCAAUGAAAGAUUUUUGUCUUGUACAGAGAAUAGAAAACAUCAGAGGCGUUUGGGGAUACAAAGUCACAAGAUGGCAGCCCAUGAGUUAUAGUAUACCAUCUUCAUCAGUUUCCGCCUUACAAGGAUAUAAGGAAUAUAAAUCAGGCACGUGAGCAUUGAAGUACAAAGUCCUUUUUGUCGCUGUAUGAUUUUAAAGUCAACACAUCAAUGCAUUUGUAUCAUAUUUUGCAGAUAAAUAAAAUAUCGAAAGAUUAAAAA